ACAGAUGCUGUUGCAUGAAUUCAGUCAUCCUGCUCCCGGGGAUAUUUUUAGGUCCGCUAGUGAACAAGCAUAGAAUUUGGAACCUGAGCCAUCAGCUCCUUUCAGACUCAGCAGUUCAGAAUGGCAAAGCAGUUUUGGCAGUCUGUCGCUAAGGAAGAUGCUUCGGAAUCCAGGUAUUAUAAAAGAGACAACCCUAUAUGAAGAUGGGACUGCUGGUGUACAUGCGUAACCUGCUACUAGCCCUCUGUCUCUUUCUGGUGCUGGGCUUUCUGUAUUAUUCAGCUUGGAAACUGCAUCUUCUCCGAUGGGAGGAUUCAAAUUCAGUGGUUCUUUCCUCUGACUCCGUUGGACGUUCAAUAGGCUCAGGAAGGAGAGAGAGAAAAUCCACAUCUCUUGUGCCUCUGUCAUCUCUCCCAUCACAUCUUGCUGCAAACCUGGGAACAGGCAAAGCUAAGAGAGAACCUGUCGCUAUUCCACGCCCAACCAUUCCUAAAUAUGACAAACUGGGAUUUCUCCUGCAGCUGGAUUCCAGACUGCCUCCAGAACUAGCAUCAAAGUAUGCUAACAUCUCAGAGGGGGUUUGCAAGCCUGGAUAUGCAUCUGCACUCAUGACUGCCAUCUUCCCAAAGUUCUCAAAGCCAGCACCAAUGUUUUUGGAUGAUUCCUUCAGAAAGUGGGCACGAAUCCGGGACUUUGUACCUCCUUUUGGAAUUAAAGGACAAGAUAAUCUGAUCAAAGCCAUCUUGUCAGCAACCAAAGAUUAUCGUCUUACUCCAGCCCUUGACAGUCUCAGUUGCCGGAGAUGUGUUAUUGUGGGAAAUGGUGGCAUUCUAGCAAACAAGUCACUGGGUUUGAAAAUCGAUGACUACGACAUUGUUAUCAGGCUGAACUCUGCUCCAGUGAAAGGCUUUGAAAAGGAUGUUGGUGGCAAGACAACAAUGCGAAUAACAUACCCAGAAGGGGCCAUCCAGAAACCAGAGCAAUAUGAAAAGGAUUCCCUCUUUGUGCUGGCAGGGUUCAAGUGGCAGGAUUUCAAGUGGCUGAAGUACAUUGUUUACAAGGAAAAAGUGAGUGCCUCUGAUGGCUUCUGGAAGUCUGUGGCAACCCAUGUUCCAAGAGAGCCUCAUGAAAUCCGUAUCCUGAAUCCAUAUUUCAUCCAAGAGGCAGCUUUCAGCUUUAUUGGCCUUCCUUUCAACAAUGGUCUGAUGGGCAGAGGGAACAUCCCUACUCUGGGAAGUGUAGCAAUAACCAUGGUGCUCCACAAUUGUGAUGAGGUAGCAGUGGCUGGAUUUGGUUAUGACAUGAGCUCUCCAAAUGCACCACUACAUUACUAUGAGAACAUCAAGAUGUCUGCCAUCAAAGAGUCCUGGACGCACAAUAUACAGCGGGAGAAGGAGUUUCUACGAAAGCUGGUGAAAGCUCGAGUAAUCACAGACCUCACCAGUGGAAUAUGAGGAGGCGCAGCCACUGUGCGGAAUUGCACAGCUACAUGCAUACAGCUGAGGACAAGGGCAGCAAGAGGUCCUUGGCAAGAAUCCCGGCUUUUUAGAGACACACGGUGCCCUUGAAAAGUCUCCCUGGCCUGCUCUGCCUGCCUGCACCAGGGCUCACAGGGGAGCAGCGGCUAUUGGCCUGAGGGGGCAGGUCGCACACUCGGAACUGCAAGAGGAUCUUGUGCUUGAGAUGGAAUAUCACUGGAGAGAACAAACAGAGUGAUAAAACAAAACAAAAUUGUGCCAAAUGGGAACAGGAGCCAGGCUGGAGGCAGCAGUGUUUGAAUGUCCAAUGCAUUAUUUUAUAUAUAUACA